AUGCCUAUAACAAUACACCAUCAACAGAGGCAUCCAUACCAUCGAUACAAUAACAGCCUCACGAGCUGUUUCGAGGCUGGAGACGAAGCAUGCAGCGUCAUGUGUGGGACGGUGAACUUCUUGUCCAAACCUCUUAUUGUGCUUAUACGCAUGAAGCGAGGAAUCACGCAGUCAUGUGCCACCGAAGUGGACAUUCCCGUACGAUUUGUUUUCGUUUAUAUGGGCCCUGUGUCAAAUGAAUUACGCUAUACCAAAUUGGGAAGAGUCUUCGCAAUCAUGAUGAGCAGCAACCCGUUGUUUCGUGCCAAUCUGUAUGAGGCUCAGACAGUGGACGAUGUGCUCAAGUCAACCGACCUGUUCAUGACCGAUGCAUUGGUUAUGCCGAUAACAAAGUACGCAAAUCCGGAGGCUCUAGCCGGUAUGGUAAGGCAAAUCGAAGCAUAUAAGCGUGAGAUCACUCACCCCCGAGAUGUGGACCGGCCAGUUCGGGGGACUAAGCGGACAAGUAUGGCCGAGACAGCUGCCUAUGGUGUCGGACCAAGAAAGCUGUCAGCACUUGAUCUAGCUCUUCAUGACGGUGCUUUAGCUCAACUGGAUGCCACACGUCGGCCAAGUAGCCGGACCCCAGUGGAAGAGGAGGGAGUGAAAAAGAAGACAUCCCAGUUUCUAAAAGAUUUUUGCCCUCCUUUCACUGAUUUUGCUCAUGGAAUUAGACCUUGGCUUCGCCGGAUGCCGAGCGACUACAGAGACGCGUUUAACAAAGAAAACAGCGGCAUCGUAUUCUGCAGUGUACUCUAUCUGUACUUCGUCAAUUUAGCUCCUGCGAUAACGUUUGGAGCGUUACUCAAUACCGAAGUGGGUUCUUCCUAUACAAUCUCCCUGGCCAUCUUGGCGACCGGCGUUUACUUGCUAACUUUCACGGCAUUCGCGGGCCAGCCGCUUGGAUUCGUUGGGAUCACUGGUCCGACAUUCAUUUUGGAAACAUCAAUUGCUUCGCUGGCCAGGAGCGUCAAUUUGCCCCCGCCACGUCUGCGGUUCUGGGUGGCCAUUUACUGCGCCGCGUUCGGUCUUAUAAUACUUACCUUCAAUUUGUCUGCAUUGGCCAACCAUAUACGGCGGUCCGUGGAGGAGACAUUCAACGCCUUCAUUGCAUUCUUCUACCUUCUCAAAGCAUUAUUUACCAUGUUUCGGUUAAUCCCAGGUAGGUUGUCACCUGGAUCCAACGAUGCAGCCAAGCUUCAAUUUUCUCGGAAGGCAGCGAUUGCCGGUACCACUUUGUUCCUCGCGUUCGUAAUGCUUCAGUUUUGCCUAUCGCUUGCAGAAAUUAAACGGGGAAACUACUUCCGACGCAUUAUCCGCAAACUUUUGGGGGCCCUCAACGUUCCACUGGGAAUGUUGCUGAUCAGUGCAAUGAAUCAAAUAUUCUUCCUGGGAGUGCAGUUGCCCACAGUGGACAUACCACCGUCGAAUGAGGUUGACGCACAGCGCUGGUUCAGUGUGCCCAGUUUUCAUCAGCUCUUGGAUUAUGGCGUCGCGUCUCCAGCUUUGAUACACGGUGUUGGAAUCGCAAUUGGUUUGGCAUUAGCUAUCAUCAUAUUUACUGAAGCGGCUCUUAAUGGGAUCACAGCAAUGAAAAACAAGGCGAUCAAACACAACGCUUUCGUCAUAGAUGAAGUGUUUAUGCUGAUUAUCUUCCCCUUGAUAAGUGGCUGUGUUGGAUGGCCAUUCGUAUCUGGAGCCACUGUGCGCACCAUGGGCAAUCUGGCCGCUUUGGUUAAAAUGGACCAUGCUCCAGCACCCGGAAUGCCUCACCGAGUCAUCGGAACGGUCGAACAACGCGUCAGCGGAAUUCUCGUUGGCCUCUUCGUUGGACUAUCUGUGUUUCUCGGAUCGAUUUUGAGGUUUAUCCCCUUGGCUGCACUGUAUGGCAUGUUCCUAUACAUGGGCUUCAUGGGUCUGCGCGAUCUGCAAGUUUUUCAGAGAUGCCUUGCAUUAAUGAAAAGGCGAAAGCAUUGGGAAGACUGGGAAUGUGUCCGAGGUUUGCCGAGUGGGCACAUUUUAGUGUUUGCCAUAAUUCAAGCAGUUGUUGUGGGCAUUUUGGUCGCCUUGAAUAUCAUCUCCGAAUUCACCGUGGCUACUUACGCUGGAAUUGUCUUCCCAGCCGUCAUACUAAUCUACGCCGUGUUACGCGAGACAGCCAUGACUAGAUGGAAAUGGUUGGCAAUAUACCUUCAUCAGCUGGACAGAAAGUACAAGCUCAAUCCAGCUUCCAUCAAAGUCGUGGCUUCAUUGCACAGGACAGCAUCCUUAGCCAACAAGGCGAGUGUGGCGAGCCUUGGAUCGACAGGACCGAAUGUGACCCGGGAUGUCCACAUGACAGGGGACGUAGAUUACAACUCCGACUCCUGUUCUGAGUACAGUGAGCACGAAGAUGGCAUUAUCCGGCGAACUUGGGCAACGUAG